AUGAUGUUGACCGUUGCUUCAGGCCGAUGUGCGCCCACGCUUCUCGAAGACCUGACCCUCCACAAUCUUGAUCGGCCGUCUCCUCCAGGCUUCAAUCUCAUCCGGGACAAUGUCCUCAGCUUCUCUCGGGGCCAGACCCUAAGCGCUUUCCUUCAUCCCCAUAAUUGUCGCCAUGUGUUCUGGACAAAGCCGCGACAGUCAGACUUGCCAGCACUUGAUGAGCUGCCGGACUCGCAUACAAAAUGGUCCGUUGCAGCGGUCUGCGGAAAGUGUCGGACACACCUGAACCUCAACAUAGACUACUCGGAUGGAUGGCAGCCAUCCCCAUGUCCUAAUACCGAAAAUCCACUGCACCACUUCGUUCGAGCGCAAUGGAAGGAAGCUGCCGCGAGGCGCGUUUGGGAAGAGAGGAUGUUGGGUAGUCCAGCAGAAAUCACGGUUUUCCAAUGUUCCGCAAAAGGCUGCUCUGCCAGACUGACUGUCCGAUAUACCCCUCCGGUGCUUCAAGACGACGUUGUCCACACCUUGACUGAUCGGGAAAUCCUGAGACAGCGAUCCGAGGCCGCAUUCAAGGCAAAUGAGGGUAACACCCAAGGCAUGAAGCAGCCUACCAUUAUCGAUGUCCUCAGCGAUCUUCGGGUGUACAUCUCCAAUGCCUGGAAUAAGGGCCAGGCGCGGAGAGCCAUUAACAUGACAAAUAAGCGGUUCAUGGUCCGCUUUGGACCGAACGGCGAUGCAUGUAAAGAAGUGCUCGAAACGUUGCGCUUUCAGAGGGAUGUUGCCAACAACUGCUGGCAAGUGCCCGAACCAGAUUUCACCGACUCCAGUCCCCUACAAGAUCCUGUCAAUCUCUUUCUGGAUGAUGUAGAGCAUGAGCUGCUAGCAUUGAUGCUUAGCCGUCCGGCGGAAGAGCUCCAAAAUCUUAAUGACCUGCGUGCUGGUCCAUUGGCAACUCGAGAUCUCCAGCGACUUUGUUCGGCUCAAGAUUAUGAGACAGCUAUGUUCAGCCGUACUAACAAGGCCGAUCCCUCUCAGCGUCCCGCUGCGUAUGUUGGCCUGGGAAUCGUUCCAGAUGCGGCCGACAGGCUUAUUCAGUAUGCAUAUCAGCGUCAAGUCGCCAACGACGAAAGCAACGUACCUUAUUAUUUCGAGUUCUUGCGCGACAUCGCACUCGAGAGGAGGAGUGAGAUCCUGCAAACGGAGGUCAGCAUGGAAGAGUCGAUGGGUCGCUUCUCUGCGAAGGCUCUUGAGCAGGCUUUCUCGUCGUUCGGUAUCUCGAGACAUGAUACACUUGACGACGACAACAUCAUUGGUAUGUUUCAAUCAAGGGCAAUGGAUAUGCCGGCGCAUGAAAGUGAACUCCGACAAAGCCUGCGCAUUGUCGGGGCAUGGCGUCGGAGCCACAAGAUCCUCGCUAUUGCCGACAAUGUCAUGAACACACACGAGCAAGCGCUGCAAUUCCUAGGUGCCGAUCCCGCUGUUUCAGAUGAUUACAUUCAAGCUCUCUUCACUUCCAAGAUUGUGGAGAACAAAGCCAUGGAAGAGCAAGCCAAAAAAGCUGUUCGCCUGAUCGCUCAAAACCGCAACAGUAUCCUUCUCAACAGGUGGAUCAACUCUAAUUUCUCCGGCGACCUCAAUAUGUUGGCACCCGAAGGCUACCAGGCGCUCAGUUUGAACGAAGACGUUGACGACGAGACGGUGAAGGUCAGCUAUGAAUUCAAUAUUAUGGAACAGCCUGAAAAUCGAGAGUACUAUGCGAAGGCAUUGGAGGCCAUUGCCAUCCAACGGAACAGCUUUGUCUUGAGAGACCUACUCCAAGGGACUGCCCGUCCAACACAAGAAGUGGUCGGUCGAGAUGACGAACCUGUUGGUCUCGACAAUAUUGGCAACACCUGUUACCUCAAUAGUCUGCUCCAGUUUCUCUUUACCGUGGCCGAGCUUCGGAGAAUCGUCCUUGACUUCGACCAGUUCAAGAUGGAUAUCACGGAUGCAAAGAUGGCCAACAAAAAAGUUGGGCAACGUCAAGUCACCAGACGUGAGGUCCAGACUGCGCAAGACUUUGUCAACAAUCUUGGUCAACUCUUUCGAGGCAUGAUCGAGUCCUCAAGCUCCACCAUCAAACCAGCAAAGGAGUUGGCGCGUCUCACUCUGGAAACGCAUGGGGCUCAAGAGAGGAUGCGGCGAAGAUCCACUCUGAUGAGUGAUCGCCCUAGCUUGGGCCAUCUCGACAGCCAACCAGUGUUCGGUCCCCAGCCAAAUCCUGACCAAAAACAAGCUCCUGUGAUGGAAGAUUCUACCGUAAUGGAAUCUCCUGCUCAAGAAGAGCCAACUGCGAUGCAAGUCGAUGACCCAAAUCAGAACAGCGACUCUUCUCUUCAGUAUGACAAGAGCGACAAUUCUAGCGAGGCGACCCUUGUAUCAAGGCCCGCAACCCCAGGAACUCCAGUUACGGUGGAGCAACAGAAAGAGUUAUUGGACAACAAGGAGAACCUGUCGCCAACGAAGCUGGAUGAAUCUCCGAAGCAUGGAGACCUCGAAGGGGAGCAUCCCGAACCGCUGGCGCCCGCAUCGCCCUCCAAAGUCAAUUCACAAGCCGGAGCAUUAGCCAAACAUCAAAAGGACAGAGAACCAUAUACAGAUACCGUGGAGCCUAUUGAAGCCACACCGAAGUAUGCUCCUCCGCCUGGCAAACCGCCUCCAGUCCCACCUCGGAAACCAGCCGAGCCCACCACCGACAUUCUCGAAGAGUAUGCCCGACAACAAGACGUGACUGAAGUGAUAGCGCACUGUCUUUUUCAAUUUUCUUGCGCUAUUCGUGGUACAGGCGUCGAUGCCUCCGGCGAACAACUCGAUGAAGUACACGAUACCUUCUUUGGACAAAAUGUCAUCCACACGGUUCCUGAGAAGGAGGCUCCUGCGCCAAUUCAGUUCAAUAACAUCAUCACUCGUGUUGCCAACAAGCCCAAGGAUGUUUAUGAUGCCCUUGACAGUGAACUAGAUCUCACAGAACGUGAGGGUGGCUCAAAGGCAUUCAUCUCGAUCUCAAGGCUACCACCAAUCUUCAGUAUGGCUCUUGACCGAGUAGCUUGGGACAAGACUGCUAAGAGGCCAAUGAAGCAAGAUGAUCACGUCCAAAUUCCCGAAAGGAUCUACUUAGAUCGGUAUCUCGAAGCUGAACCGAACUCUAAUCUCAUGGAGCGCCGUAAGCAGAGUUGGGCCAUGAAGUCAGAACUUGCAGGACUCAUCGAUCGUCGCGACAAGCUGGAGACCAAGGUUGCCAAUGGGCGUGAUCUGCCUACGUUGUUUGCAGAUGCAAAGUUGGCGCUGGAAUACUUGCAGACCAAUCCCGACUUCACCUCUCCAGACUCAGACUCCGACGAAGAUCUGGAACGGCUACUCGAUCCAACGAUCGCCGUAGCACUGGGGGCGCUUGCAGAUGAUCUGGCGGUUGAGCUCAAGUCCGUGAAUACGCGGAUUGCGUAUAUUGAGCAACAGUUGAAGGAGUCGUUCGCCGAUAUGCGUGAGCACCCGUACCGUCUACACGCUGCUUUCUUCCAUCGCGGCGGCGCAACUGGAGGCCACUACUGGGUCUACAUCUUCGACCAUGUGAAAGAAUGUUGGCGUCGUUACAACGACGAUCAUGUCAAUGUUGUUAGUGACCUCAAUGAAUUGUUCGGCAAACCUGACGGGACAUCUGGUACUCCGAACCCCUACUUCUUGGUUUAUGUGCGUGAGGACAAGGCAAAGUCUCUCGUCGAGACCGUCAAGCGGGAUAUUGUGUACUCGGCUCCCGAUGGCCCUCCACCUAGUGCCCAAUUAGGUCACUCGGAUGCAGAAGCGUGGAAGUCUGACUCUUGGGCCGGCAAUAGACAACCUCAGAGCCAAAUGGAAGCCAUGCCUCCUGGAGCCGGUCAGGAAAUGAUGGAAAUCAAUGGCGGCGUGGGCGCCUGGAACAGUGAGUGCUCUGACUCUGGCUCUAGCCUUCAAAAAGACAGGCACGGCGUGGAGGACAAGUUCGGGGCUUGGGAUAACAGUCAGCUGACCACCGAUCGAAGGAUCAACUGGUGA